AUGCCGACAAUCAAGUACUUUAACCGAUGUCCUCCCUUUCCCUCUGAGGUGCCUACUGUUCCCUUACCGAAGGUGUCACUCGAAGAACUCCAGAAUGGAAGCGAAAAAGAGGGUCAACUCUUAUUUCAAGCAUGCCAGGAAUGGGGAUUCUUCUUGCUGAAUCUCGAACGGACCAGUGAGGGCAGCGAGCUCCUGGAAAAUGCAGAAAAAAUGUUUGAUCUCACCAAUGAGACGUACAACCUCGACCAAUCGGUCCUUGACAGCUACGCCUACAAGCCGCCUCAUGACCUGACGGGGUAUAAGCGAAAGGGCCAGCUCAAGACAGAUGACGGUAAAAUGGAUUGCAUGGAGCUUUAUUCGAUUAAUCAAGACGAUAUGCUAGGCAACAAAUCUGCCCGUAACAAUGUUGACACCAUUGAAGCCAAAAGAGCAGAAGUGCGACAAUUUAUUGAAUGUUCCCAUUCUAUCAUAGAUGUUAUUUUCUCUCAUCUCGAUCAGCAGCUAGGCCUUGAACCUGGGACACUCAGUGAACUCAGCCCUUUGAACGAAAUCUCCGAGACGUCGGUUCGAUUAUUACGCAGUCAAUCGCAGUCGAACCCUCAACAUGAUAGCAUCACACUUGGCGGGCACACCGACAUCGGAACCAUUACCCUGCUCUUCAACGUGGUGGGUGGAUUGCAGAUACUGCCAGCAGACCGUGAAAACAAGCUAGAAAACUGGCUGUAUGUCAAGCCAGAGCCGGGAAAUGUAUUGGUGAACAUUGGUGAUACUCUGGUCGAGUGGACGGGUGGACUCUUGCGGAGCUCAUUGCAUCGUGUAAUAACAGCUCCCGGAGAGCAGGCACUGGAGACCCGUCAAAGCGUGGCGUACCUGGUCCGACCACGGAACAAUGCCUCGAUGCAAAGGCUGAAAAGUGGCGUCAUCCCUGUUGUGGAGCAGAGUGAGGAAGAAGAAACUCGUUCAGUCGUCGAGUGGGCCUCAUGGCGUGCCAAGCAGGUUAUGCUUGGCCAGCUUAAACCACAGACGAGAGGUGGAAGGUCGGGUGUUGCGGCAUAG